UGGGCGGUAUACUUUACCUCCAAGCGUAGCCUAGUGCAACCCUCUGCUGUAUCAACCUGCUGCAACUUCGUGCGUCCGUGACCCAUUGAUGCACUAAUGUUUUGCCAGUUGCAAAAUACGAUGAACGCCCGCUAAAAUUAAGUCGAGUCGUUGUUAGACUCUAGUUUCUUUUUUAAUUGUAGGCUUUUCUGCAACACGCUGUGCUGCGUCUCGCUGAAUGCUUGGUUGUGGUCUUGGCCUCCGGUCGCGGCUGCGAAUUAACUUCCAUCUCUCUGCACCGCCUGCACUGUCAUAAUGUUUCUUUUAUAAAGAUGACUGUGUGGGUGACACUAUAAACUAAAUGACUGUCAGAAAUAUCGCCUCCAUUUGUAAUAUGGGCACCAAUGCCUCUGCUCUGGAGAAAGACAUCGGCCCUGAGCAGUUCCCAGUCAACGAACACUACUUCGGAUUGGUCAAUUUUGGGAACACAUGCUACUGCAACUCUGUGCUGCAGGCCUUGUAUUCGUGCCGGCCGUUCCGGGAGAACGUCCUGGCGUACAAGGCCCAGCAGAAGAAAAGGGAGAACCUGCUCACCUGCCUGGCCGACCUUUUCCACAGCAUCGCCACCCAGAAGAAGAAGGUCGGGGUCAUACCCCCCAAGAAGUUCAUCUCGCGCCUCCGCAAGGAGAACGACCUGUUUGAUAACUACAUGCAACAGGACGCACACGAGUUCCUCAACUACCUGCUGAACACGGUGGCUGACAUCCUGCAGGACGAGAAGAAGCAGGAGAAACAAAACGGGCGCCUGAAAAACAACGGAACACCCGUCGCCACGGAGACCGACCCUGAGAACAAGACGGAGCCGACAUGGGUGCACGACAUCUUCCAAGGAACGUUGACCAAUGAGACACGCUGCCUCAACUGUGAGACUGUUAGCAGCAAAGAUGAGGACUUUUUGGAUCUUUCUGUGGAUGUGGAGCAGAAUACGUCAAUAACCCACUGUCUCAGGGACUUCAGUAACACGGAGACCCUGUGCAGUGAGUACAAGUACUACUGUGAGACAUGCUGCAGCAAACAGGAAGCACAGAAACGGAUGCGUGUGAAGCGGCUGCCCAUGAUCCUGGCGCUGCACCUGAAGAGGUUUAAGUACAUGGAGCAGCUGCACCGCUACACCAAGCUGUCCUACCGCGUCGUUUUCCCGCUGGAGCUGCGCCUCUUCAACACGUCCGGAGACGCCGUCAACCUGGACCGCAUGUACGACCUGGUGGCUGUUGUGGUUCACUGCGGCAGCGGCCCUAACCGAGGCCACUACAUCACCAUCGUGAAGAGCCACGGCUUUUGGCUGCUGUUUGACGACGACAUUGUGGAGAAAAUCGAUGCCCAGGCCAUCGAGGAGUUCUACGGCCUCACGUCUGACAUCUCCAAGAACUCUGAGUCGGGCUACAUCCUGUUCUACCAGUCCAGAGAGUGAACAGUACCAGCCAGGGUUCCUUUCAACGGAAGUGCCCUCACCUGAGGAGUAGGGGGGAGGGGGGAGGUGAUGCUGCCAUUUAAACGCAAGGACAGUUGUGUAGAAAAUCUCUGUUCCGGUUGAUCACGUGUAGCAGGAGGGCUGUACGGUCGGUCGGUCCAACUGCAGAGAUCCAGGUGUUUGCUGGACUCCCGACAGGGCUUUGGCACUGCGGUUGUCAAUAGCAACACUGUCGGAAGCUGUUCCGUAACUCUGGUUAGCUGCAUUGCUGAGCCUUUCACUCAAGGGCAACAACGUGUGUGUGUGUGUGUGUGUGUGUGUGUGUGUGUGUGUGUGUGUGUGUGUGUGUGUGUGUGUGUGUGUGUGUGUGUGUGUGUGUGUGUGUGUGUGUGUGUGUGUGUGUGUGUGUGUGUGUGUGUGUGUGUGUGAGAGGGGUGGUGGUGUACAUUUGAUAACAUUCAGUUGGAUUAGAUUAGUUCAGACUAAAUCAGAUAUUUAUGUUUAGCAGACAUUCAGCCCUGAGCUUUCCCUGUUCCUCCAAAUACCAGUCCCUGUGUAAGUUAAGUCCCUCAUAGAACUUUAUAAAGAUGAUCUAAAAAGGAUAUUUAUUAAUCUUAUUUAUUAGUUAUUCUGUUUGAAGUGAAGACUGCUGGUUAGAUGUGUGGCCCUCUGUUGAAAGGCUGUUCCGUGUCCCUGUCUAUGGAGGGACCAGGUGUAUCUGACACACACAUCGUGGGUCUGGCCCAGUGUAAAGAGAGAAGUUUGGCUUUAAUGAGUGACCUUUCGUGUGUGUGUGCAUGCAUGCGUGUGUGCAGGGCUACAUGUGCCAGGGCUGGUAAAUUGUUUCCUGUUAGUAUAGAGUAGAUGAUAAGAUGCUUUUGGAAUGGGUUUAUGGUGGCGGGAAUUGGAUUUGACUCAUCUUGAAGUCAGGUUCCCAGCAGCUACAUAAUUCUCUUUCUUGCUCAGUCUCUCGUCCAAUGUGCUCAAAAUGUCAUCCACAAUCUUCCAUCUCUCUCUUGCCUUUUAUAUAUAAUAUUAUAUUAUGUAGUAUGUACAACAGUAUGUGUAGUUAUGUCCUCGUUGAUAAUUUAGUAAUAUUGAAUGUUUGAAUGAUGUAUAUUUUUUGUUGUCUUCAUGACGGCAACAUUUACGUGGGAAAUGGGUGGUGGUGGAAGACUUCAGGGUCAGAAAAUUAUGGUCCUGACAUGUUUCUAAUUCAUUCUAUGCACUGAGCUCAGCUGAUCUAACUAAUAUGUUGUGUUCCUGUCUGUCACAAAUGCGCAAAAUAAUGCACUUGACAAAAAUAAACUUUUACUUUGGGAAUGUGGAAGUUGCGCCUCUGCCCACAGGAAGUGGACGGAGUGAUCUCUGCUUGUUGUCUUUAAUUUCAUGUUGUAUAUCCUCCUACCUGUGAGGAUAAUCAACAUCCUGUCCUGCAAUAGGCCCAUUCAGCAAUAUGCUAGAGCCAGACCAUGUGCUAGUGUAGUGUCUUUGUGUUCAUAAGACACAUUUCAAGACACAUUUCAUAAGACACAUUUCAAGGUCACCCAAGGUGACCUUGGGUGUCUUGAAAGGCGCCUCUAAAUUAAAUGUAUUAUUAUUAUUUCAAGAUAAGAGCGUGGUUUUUCUGGUGUAACUGCUGAAAGGCCGGUAUAUGUGCCAAUCUAUGGUCCUUAACAACUUGGCAUAUAAAUGUGACCGUCUCCCAGAGAAUUCUUUAUUUUCUUUGUAUAAACUAAUUUAUGGACAUAUGUGUCAUGUAAAAAAGAUUGCAGAGGUUAGGAACAAAAAAUAUAUAUUUUUAAAGCUAAAAGCUAAAAAAUGCAGGUGCUGGUCAUGCUAGCUGGCUUUCAAAGUUGUGUGAGAAGCUGUUUCAUUGAAUGCUUUGUCUCACAAUCUGCUGUAGUGGAGUCACCUCUCUCCAGAACCUUCUCUUUAACAGCUGGGUUGAAACCAACCGUGUGAGUGAGUGAGUUUUCAUUUUUUGUGAUAGACAUGCGUUCUGUUCUUCCAUUAAAGAGACCCUAUUUUACUCUCAGGUGUGAUUUUCCUUAGCAAUUUCAAAUUUUUUUGACGUUUCAGGUUCCCUGGGUUGGCUUGUAGCUUCCAUCAACACAUCCAUCUUUCUUUCUAUCUAUCUUGCUAACCAAGUUGUAAAAUAGGGACCCUUUAACUCUUUAUGCACAAGCUUGUGCAGAGCCAGACAAAGCACAUCCGAGGCCAAUUCCUGUCUCUUUGAUUUGAACACAUACAUACAUACAUGCAUACACAUGCCACACUGUGUGUGUGUGUGUGUGUGUGUGUGUGUGUGUGUGUGUGUGUGUGUGUUGAUGGACUUGGAGCUUUAGCGGUUCCGUUCUCAAACAGACCUUAUUUUCGGUUGUGUAACUGAAAGUGCACUUAAUGAGGGAUGAUAUAAUAAAUGCUUUAAGGUGUAGAAUCACUGUCAGUUUCAAGUAAGAGGUUUCCUUUGGUUACGUUUCAAAUUAAAACCACUUUGUGAGCAA